AUCAGCUUGUGCUCCCAAAUGAAGCUGUGCCUUCGUGUCGCUAGCGCUCGCUUUGGAGCAACGAGAAAAAGGUGUAGCAGCAAGCAAGCAGCUCAUUAGGUUUAGCUGGCCAGUCUAGAUUUCAGUAUCGAACCGGCUUUCUACUGCAACGGAUUGGAAAAAUAUACAGCGAAAAGGCGAAAAAACGCACAAAAUUAUUUAGUACAUACAUACAUAUUUUUCUACUUAAUAUUUUUUUUGCAUACCCCCACCUUGAGAAAGGAAAAAAAAAGAUUGUAUGAAGUAGUUGUGAAAAAGGCCACCCAAUUACCUACUCAAACGAACGCCAUUUGUGUGAAUUAGCAUUUUAAUGUGAACCGUUUAAGCUUACGGUAAAAAUAUACAUACAUAUGUACAGCACUUGCACUGUAGUUUUGAAAAAUUGUUGGGGAAAAAAAUUUAUCAAUCAACGAAUAAGAAAUCCAGAGAAAUUGGAAAAAAUUAAUGAAUGAAAAUUUGAGAGCCCCUUAAAGUGAAAGGGUGCGCAAAACGUGAAAAAGUGAGUGGAAAAAGUGAAUUGUGUUUGUUAAACGUAAAUUCAUACAUAUCUAUAAUCCACGACGCGGUGCUGCUUAGCACACCAAGACGCAAUUAAAUUUUCUUCAUAGUCCAAGUUUGUGUUGUAAUUUCUUUGUUAAAUUUUGUUUUGGCACGCGCACGCCAAGCGAGUGCUGUGGGAACGAAAACUCCUGCAGACGCAUAUACCAAGUCAGUCAGUCGAAUCGCGUUAUGUGCUCGUGAGAAAAAUCGAUUUCCUUGCAUGUGGAGUUUCAAUCCGAGACACAUUUUACAUUGAACACUGUCUGGGCAUUGCUGCGCGACGUACACACACAACACAACGUAAGCCGUGAGACAACCAACUCAAUGUGUUGUCCUGCCGACUGGACGUACAUGACAAGCACAACAACUACAAUAAACAUAUCGAUGUCAUGGACAAAGAUCCAGGAAAAAAUAAAGACCCACCCAUUGCAACAACAGCAGCAGCUGCUGCUGUGGGUCGAGCCCGUAAUACCAAACUGGAGGAGUAUGAUGCAGCACCAGCGCCCAUUCCAGCUGCACGCACGCGGCGCCUAAAUCGCACAGCUGAUGCGUCUUCCUCCGCAUCGUCAGCGUUUGAAACAGCUGCGCCGCACGCCAGCUCUUUUAUUGAGCAGAAGGAGGAGGAGAAUGACGUACUAAGUGAACAGCUGGAGACAUCGACAAUCACGCGCACGUAUACCUCGCAUAAAAUUAUACACCAUUCCACGGAGUUCCAUGAGAGUAGCUCCAGCUCGAGUUCUAUGCAAUAUGUAGCAGAGGAAGAGCUGGAUACGCCGACCACACCGUCACAUCGCUUGCGUCAAAAAGUGGCUGAGUAUGAAAAGGUUUGGUCCUCGGGCGGCAGCCUUAAGCGUUCACCGGACGAAAGCGCUGAAGAGCUUCGUCGCGAAUUUGUGGAAACUUCGAAGCCAACUGCAGAGUACACAAGCCAAGAUGCCUUUGGCGCUGCUGAGCCGCUGGAUAAUCCUUUUGAUAUUGAUGUGCUGGAGAUUGAGAAACGUUUGCGUAGGGAACGCCAACGUGGGCUGGCUGAGGCCGAGGCUGCUAAACUGGCAUUCCAACAGGUGCAGCUGCGUCAUACGCCACAAGCAUCGCCGCGUCGCGUGGAAGUGGAGGAAGAUUACACUGCUGUGCCCUUUAAUGUGACACUACGCACGACUACUAAGUUAAGUCCUGGCGAUGAAUCGGGUUAUAUGGGCGCUGAUGAGGCGCCGCCGUUAAGUCCCUUCAAUGUGACACUGCGUACGACGCAUCGCAUAGUGAAGAAGGAUCUCUCGACCAGCGCGCAGCAAUAUGAAGAGACCUCAUCGACUACUAGCAGCCCCUUUAAUGUUACACUACGCACAACAACGCGUCGCGCGCAACCAUUUACUCCCACUACUACUGGUGAUCCGAAAAGCGCAACUGCACAAUUUUUGGAGUCCGAGAAGACAGUGCGUGAGCUGCAUGCUGUCGAUGGUGUACGCACCAUUGUAACAUCGUCCAUGACAAGUGAUGGGCGCAAGCACGAAGAGAAAAUAUUUCGUCACGGUGAAGGCUAUGUGUCACCACGUUGCUCACCGCAGCGCGAGAAUCGCCCGUUCUUUGAGUCCUCGGAAAGCGAGCGUGAAGGUUCCGUGCCACGCUCCUUAAGCGGACGCACAAGCGCGACGCCACCCCGCUCUGUCGACAUGACAGCGGGUGGUCGCCGUAUACUAAUACGUCUGGAGGAUGAAACUAACGAAUCGAGCACACAUCACGAAAUCUACGACACUACUGACUCGGCGGUGCAAGCGCGCAUACGUCAGUUGGCACGCAGUCCAGACGGCGGCGGUGGCCAUGCUUCCGGUACAUUGUAUAACGUUGCGAUGGAAACGUCACCUGGUAACAUUGACAUUACGGUUGGUAGCACGCACCGCCACAACCACCACCAUCACCAGCAGCAGCUUCAUCAACAGCAAACGCAACCGCAACAGUCGGGCCAACGGUAUUACCAACAGCAACGGCAACGGCAGGAACAACAAAUGCAAACCGAAAGCAGUGUAGGCAACAUGGUUAUGGAAACACAAAAACAAAAACAACAAGAGCAAACAUAUCAUCAACAAGCACCAUGGCAAAUGACGGAGUCAACAACAACGCCUCCAGGCAAAGUAGUAAAAAUCAGUACACGAACAGGCGAAACCGCGACAGGACAAAUAGCGACUGGUACGACGCAUACGGCUAGUACAUUAGAGACGAGCCAAUCGCACGGUUCUUCCGCGGAAGAAUCGCAACGAGUUGUCAGCAGAAAAAAGAAAACGACAACGACAACAACAACGAAAGUGACCACUAGUAAGCACGCGAGUGAAGACCGUAGUGAAUUAUAUGAGGAACAACAGCGUGAAGUUAAUGCCGGGAAGUCGCCGCGCCCAACCGGUUUAGCUUUAUCCGGUGCGAAUGUGCGUAUCGCUGGUACGACGAUUAGACAAUCGAAGGGCGAAAGCCCACUAAGAAGUGAACUAAGUGACGACUCAGAUACGGAGGGUGUGGCUGCCAAGGAUCUGGUUAUUGUGCCCACACAUGUGGAGCCAAGCCAGACAUCAGCCGGUGUGAGUCAGAGUCACAAUCCGAGUUCAAGUGCAAGUGCAAUAAAUACACCGACGACAACCCCCUCAACGACAACUGCCAGCAGUACUUUCGGUAAGAGUCUGACAGGACAUCAGACACUACAACAACAAAGUACUCAAGACGAAUACCAAGAAUUCCAAUCCACAAUGGCAGCGAUUAAUUUCGCACGCAGCAACUCCCAAUACGACAGUCAUAUAAGGGAGAAAAGAGAGGAGCAAGAACGUGUGCAAAAGAAGACAUUUACCAAUUGGAUUAACUCGUAUCUCUCGAAGCGUGUUCCACCGCUUCGUGUUGACGAUUUAAUCAACGAUUUACGCGAUGGUACCAAACUUAUUGCACUCUUGGAAGUGCUAUCCGGCGAACGUUUGCCCGUGGAGAAGGGUCGCGUUCUACGACGUCCGCAUUUCCUCAGCAAUGCCAAUACAGCCUUACAAUUUUUAGCCAGCAAACGUAUCAAAUUGGUGAAUAUUAAUCCGGCAGAUUUGGUGGAUGGGAGACCACCAGUUGUGCUGGGUCUGAUAUGGACCAUCAUAUUGUACUUCCAGAUUGAGGAGAAUAGCCGCAACCUUGAAUAUUUGGGUCAUGGUAUUAGCGGUUCGGUAAGUUCUCUCGAUAGCGUUGGCAAAACUGUCAGCGAUCAAAAAGCUGAGAAAUGGAAGCAAGGUGCUAGGAAGACACUGCUGAAUUGGGUUACCAAUGCCUUGCCAAAAGACAUCGGCAUUGAAGUAAAGGAUUUCGGCGCCAGUUGGAGAGAUGGUGUCGCCUUCCUAGCCCUUAUCGAUGCAAUCAAAGCGAAUUUGGUUAAUUUGGCUGACUUGAAAAAGGCCAACAAUCGUCAACGUCUAGAAACUGCUUUCGAUGUGGCUGAAAGUAAGCUGGGCAUUGCCAAAUUGUUGGAUGCUGAGGAUGUGGAUGUACCAAAACCGGAUGAGAAGAGUAUAAUGACAUAUGUGGCGCAAUUUUUGCACAAGUACCCUGAACCAAAAGGUGCCUCACGUGAUACAUCACACAUACAACAGGAAUUGGACGAACUACGCCGUUUCCUGAUAGAAAAGACCACAGAAUAUGAGCCCAUGGUCAUGUCGAAUUCAUUCCCGCGUGAUUUCGCUGAAUAUCUGAUCGCACGUUCGGAGAUUGACGCCCACUUGCCGGUCUACAAUCGCCUCAAGCAACUGAUGGAGAGUCAGAGCGGCUUCCUACAAGUGCCGCGCCCGGUGUGGGAGGACAUAAAUGCAUUGUGGCAACGUUUGCAAUAUCAAAUGAACUAUUGGCUGUGGUUGUUGGAUUCAGAGUUGCCAGGCGAAUUCGGUGUGGUCGGCAAGUGGCUAGCGGACGCUGAAAAACUACUAAUGGACAAUGAGAUACCAAGUACCAUGAAUGAGGAGACAGCAUCGGUGAUAAGUAGAAAGCUGGAGGAGCAUAAAUUAUUCUUUGCCGAUUUGCCACGUAUAAUGGCAAUGUUUGAGAAUGCCAAGCGUUCGCCAUUGGUGCAACAAGUGCCGCUAGAGCAAUUGCGCAACCUGGAACGCCGUCUGCAAGAGGUGGCACCCAAGGCGGCCGAACGUAGAAUACGUUUAAAGUUCCUGGAACAUAAGUGCUGUCUCAUUGCUUUCCUCAAUUUGGUUCAGAACAAAAUGAAGGGUUGGACUGGCAAGUAUGGCUAUGAGGAGAAGGUCAGCCAGCAAUUGGAGCAAUACAAGAAUUUCGUAUCGCGCAAUAAAAUUUUCCAAGAGUUCCAGAAGGCAUUCGUCGACAUGCAACAAGUGGUGGACGAAUACAAGCGUGACGGCAAUGUACCGCGCAAAGACAUAACGGAAAUCGAUCGCUUCAUGUACGAGACCGAGGAGCGUUGGAAGCGUGUAUCUAUGGAGCUUAAGUGCUGCCAGAACUCGCUGGAAGAGGUUGUGAGCUGUUGGCAGACCUGGAACCGGUUGGCGCCCACUUGUGAGGAGUGGCUCAAUUUGGCCGAAACUAAACUAUCGCGUACCGAAGAUGAACGCUUGGAGUUCUUCCAAGACAUAACCACAUGGAAGGAUAAAUUCGAUGCACUCGCCAAUGCAGCCAAUUAUUUGAUCGCUUCGUGCGAGGAUGGCAUCGCACACAACCUGCGCCAGAAGCAUGGCAAUUUAUCGGAGCGCUUCGAGCGCCUCUUUGCCAAUACCAAGCAAUACAUGCAUGCGGGUGACAUCAUACGCGCACGCAACGAAUACAAAUCCGGCAUUGAGAAGCUCUCACAAUGGCUGCGCCAUGCCGAGCAGGUGCUCGAACAGCGUCAAAUGCUCGGCAACACGCAACAGAUUACCAAAUAUGGCGAAGAGUUGCAAAAGCUAGCUAGCGAAAUUGAUGACAACGAGGAGCUCUUCAAGACGGUCAGCCGCAAUUUCCAGGGUCUUAUCCAGGACUUGCCGCGCGAUGAGGUCGACAAAAUGAUGAAAUUACUCAAGCAGGAGAAGGAGUCUUUGGUGCGCAUACGCGCUCAAAUACCAGCAAAAUUGCAUCUCUUCCACCAGCUGCUCAUACAGCAGGAGUCGCUCGAGGCGGGCCAAAAAGAGAUACAUCAAUGGCUGAACGAUGCAGAGGCGCUGCUGAGCACGCACGCACUCUCGGGUGGACGCGAUGCCAUAAGUGAGGAGUUGAACAAACACAAGACCUUCUUUUCGCGCACCGUCUACUAUCGUUCGAUGUUGGAGAGCAAGAAUAAGGUUUUCCAGAAUCUGCUGAAGUCGGUCGCCGCUGAUGACAAUAUCGACACCUCGCAAACGGCGCACAACAUGCAGCAGCUGAACGAGCGCUUUAACUAUGUCAUACAGAAUGCUGAGCAGUGGGAGCAGCGAUUGAAUAAUGCCUCACGCGGUUGGAACGCCUUCAAAGAGAAUGAGCACGUCGUCAGCGAAUGGCUAACGCAGGCCGAAUCUAUGCUUAUCGAAAAACACAUCGAAUCGAAGACCGUAAUCGAGACACAAAAGUACUUCUUCGAAAACGUCAACGAGCGCUGGAUGCACAAUCUGGUGGAGUCGGCGCAGGACUUGUUGAAAACACUGCCGGCGCAAGAGCAAAAGCCUGUAGUGGAUACGGUCGAACAGCUGCAAGCCAAGUGGCAGCACGUCUUAUCGCAAGCGCCACAGCAUUUGUUGAAGCUCGAAUUCCGUCUUGACGAAUCGGCCUUCUAUCAGACGCUGCAAGAAGUCGAAAAGGAAUUGCAUUUGGAGCAACAAGCUUUGAAUCGCAACGAAGAUAUCGACUCCAUACUCAAUCGCAAUGAGCAAUUCUUCCGACAGCAGGGACCAAUACCGCAAAUUGAGAAGAGCUUGCAGAAUAUGCAUCGCAUUAGUCAAGCUUAUGGUUAUCAAAAGCCGACUGACAUCAGCCUCGGUCAGGCCUAUGACAACGCUAAGCUGCAGUGGCAGCAAUUGUCGGGCAAAAUUGGUGAUAUGCGCGAGACUCUGCAGCAAAUACCGGCACAGUGGGACAGCUAUCAUGAGAAGUUCAAGGAGAUGGUCGAGUGGAUGAAUAUUGUCGAUAAGAGUUUGAAGAAUAUUGUGAACGAAGUGAACAGCAUGGAGGAGUUCGAGAAGGAAAAGGUGGUCUUCCAGAGAAUCUGCCAGGAAGCAGAUAACAAACGGGAGGACAUGAAAUGGCUGGUGAAAACGCUAGACUCCUUACUUAGCUACGCCAGUGAAGAUGAGGCAAAUCUUGAACAGAAGAAACUCGAAGACCUAAUUGCUCGCUACAAGAACCUCAUACCAACCAUCGAGAUAACAAUGGUGAAGACGGAGGUGUUCUCCAAGUGCUACACGUAUCGCCGCGAGGUGCACGAGGUUGUCUGUCUGCUUAGCAAAGUUAAGGAGCAAGCCACCAAUAUACCACCACCAGAGAGCCUUGAACGCGUCAACAAAUUGAUUGAAGAGCAACAAUACGCCAUUAGUCAGCUUGACCAUCAACGUCCGCACAUAAUGUCGAUGUUGCAGCGUGGACGUGACUUGAGCAAGGAUGUGCACGCGCCUUCGUUCGUCAAUGUAGAGGUGAAGAAUUUGGAGAGCGGCUGGAAUGAGGCAUAUACCCAAACCGCCGACAAGCUGCAGUCGCUCAAGGGCACCCAGGCUGUGUGGAAUGACUUUGUCGAUCAGAAGAAUGACAUCUUCUCCAUGUUGCAGACAGCAGAGACCGAAUUGCGUGCGCUGACACCACUUCAAACCGAUCCGAAAAAUGUGAGUCAAGAUUUGCAAGCGAAACGUGAGCUGAAUGUGCAACUGCAGCAAGCCUCACAUCAAUUGCUACCCAAAUUGCAUCAUCUGAAGGCUGAGCUGGCGCCAUUGGCCGCUGCCGAUAAGCGUCCCAUAUUGGAGAAGGAGGUAACUGAGGUCGAGAAGAUGUUCUUCAAUACCAUGGAACAUGUGAAGGAUCGUGUCGGUUAUUUGGAGGACUACAGCGCCAAGUGGAACAACUACAAAUCGCGGCUAUCUGAAUUGCAAGAAUGGGCUAACCGUGUGGCGCCUAAGAGUAUUGAGGCUUUGCAGUCUGAAGAUCUGACACCAGAAGAGCGUGUAGUGAAGGUGAACGCUUUCAAGGGUGUGCUUGGUGAACGCAUGAAACAGCUAGACAUAUUGGCGUCGGACGCAGCCGAGCUGGCACCCAAGGAGGGCAACAUAGCCGAGGCUAAACGGCUGAAGGGCGAAAUCACCAAGCUGCAAGAAGUGCUGAGCGCAAUCAAUCGCAAUGUCGAUCAUCAAGCAAAGGCUGUGAAGGAGGAUCUGGUGAACUGGCAACAGUACCAAACUGGUUUGCAGCAAAUCAAACCGAUAGUUGAGGAGUGUGAAAUCAAGGUAAAUACCAUAGUUCCUAAGCCCCUUACACUUGAAGAAGCCGUUGCAUUGCAACAAAACGCCAAACAAUUCGAAACACAAUGCCUCGAGCAGUUAGACAGGCUCCAAGGCAUUUCAAACAUUAGUCAUAAAAUGCUGUGCAAAACCAAUGCCCCUGACGAAUUAGAUGCCAUGCAUUCCCGCUGGACAUCGGUUCAUGAAAAUGCCAAGCAAGCCAGUGGUAAGCUGGAAAAACUGGUAGCCAAUUGGAAAUCGUUCGAUGCCGACGCAUCGAAACUCGAAGAUUGGGUCAACAAAGGCGAGCAGGCGCUGGGAAAACGCCCGGCUGUGCUGAACACCCCGCAUGUCGAUAAGCUCGAAAAGGAGCUUGUCAAACUCAAGUCAUUCAACAACGAAAUUUCGGAGCAGCAAGCAAAGCUCGUAGCACUCGGUCAGUCGGCCGAUCAGAUAAGCUUGCAUUUGGCGCCAGAGGGCGCUGUUGCGCUUAAGGAACGCGUGAAUGGCAUGAAAGCCAAGCUGCAGAAGUUGUCCGAGGCGACACGCGCCAACAUCAACGAAGUGUCCGAUGCAAUUAUAGCGCGCCAAGAUUUCAAUGCCAAAAUGGUGAACUUCUCCAACUGGAUGGAUCAGCUGCGCAACCAAGUGGCGCAAGUCGAAGAGAUUAACCCAGAACGUGUGGAGACUAGCUUGCACGUUAUACAUGCUUUGAUGCAAGAACAUGCCGAUAAGAAGCCCAGCUUCAAUGCAAUUUACGAUGAAGUUAAACAACUCUCGCUUUCCGCACCAGCCGAGGAGGCAAAGACGCUAAAUGACGCCUACACCUCGCUGGUUGUUAACUAUCAGAAUCUUGAAACCAAUUUGCAACAAAAGAAGAAUGCGCUCGAGAAGUGGACAGAGAUAUUGGGCUGGAAAAAUGAGACCGAAAGUCAUUUGAAUUACUUGAAACAUCAGCUGGAGAAGCCCGAAGGCCCGAAGCCCGUGGAGCUUAACAAGAUCAUCAACGAGAUCGACACGAUAGGCAGUUCGGUCAGCUACUGGAAGGCGCAAGCUAAGGAGAUCGAUGAAAACCCAGCCAUACAACUGCGUGACGCUUUGUCGCGCAAGCCGCUGAUUGCUACACAGAUUGUCAAUGAUGUUGAAAACAAGUUGGACAAUUUGAGGUUACGUUCGCAGGCACAAAAACAACAGGCCGAACAGAUGAAUGUACGCAAAGAGAAAUUCCAAACGCUUGGCCAAAACUUCGGUCAGGCGCUGAUCGAUAAUCGCGCCAAAUUGCAUAGCAUACUGCAACAGAAGCCCGGUUUGCAUAACAUUGAUCAAAUUAUAGCCGACUUGGUGGCACUCAACGAAGUUAUCAAGGGACAGGCCGAACUGAAGAAUCGUUUGCAUGAUGAGGGUUCCUUACUGAUGCGUGAAGAUAUCGGCAGUAUGCCGGCCAUACAAGAAAGUCUUUUGUUCUUCGACAAAGACUAUGACACGCUGCAAAACGAGAUUGCUGAGCGCAUACAGAAGUAUAAUUUGAUCAGCCAGGCGCUGCGCGAGUACGCCGACACCAAGGAUAAGUUUGCGAAGGAACUCAAGAAGGCUGAGGAUCUUUUCAAUGCUAUACCACAGCAACCACGCGAUGAAGUCGAGUUGCAACAAGCCGCAGAAAAGACACGCAAGACAAUGGAGCAAGUACGCAAGUCCAAGGCGAAUCUGGACGACCUCGAACGUCGCGGCAAUAAUGUGGCGAAGUUAUUUGAUGCCAUCGGUGAAGUUGUGCCACAAGAAAUUGCUAACGAUGUAAAGGCAGCCAAGCAGCAAUGGCAAGAUUUGCACGACAAUACGGCAAAGAAUGCGCAUAUGUAUGAAACAGAGGCUGUCAUCUGGUCACAAAUCGAAGACGCUAAGAAGGAGCUACUACCCUGGCUGACUGAGACCAAUCAAGGUCUCUGUGAUGCUGCCGAUAAUUCAAUCGAAAUUGAGUUCGGUCCUAUGCGUUUGACAAAGUUCCGCGCCGAACUGCCCUCUUAUCAGGUAUUGAAAAACACCAUCGCGGAGAAGAGUCGCGAGCUUGUAAACGUCAAUAAUGGUGUUGAAAUUCCAGCGCUUACUGAGCUGAACAAGCUGCUGACGGCGCAAUUCCAGGAGGUCGAUUUGAAUGCUGCGCGUCUAGAAGCAGUCACUUCCACCUUCAAUGAGCAGGAGCAAGACUUGCGCAAGAAGAUCAAGAACGCUGGUGAGCAAGUGAAUAAGCUGCGCGAGCAGCUCAUCAAAUGCGAUGACAUGUCCGGCGAGCCGAGCAAAAUCAUGGAGCGCCUGUUGACGUGCCGCGAGCUGCGCGCCGAACUGGACAACAGCGCAAACGAGAUUGACAAUAUCAAGCAACGCGUCGACGAGAUGCGUGCGCAGUAUCCAACAUUCAGCGAGUCAAUCAUACCCAAGGAAUUGAACAAUGUGCAGAAGCGCUUUGAGGCUGUCGAUGCACAUGCAAAGAAGAUCGAGUCCUCACUGCUGCAAUUCCUCAAGAAAUUCCAUGCCGACAAGGUGGGCAUGCUGAAGCGCAUAAUCGCCACGCAGCGCGAGAAGGUGGCUUGGUGCCAGCCUGAGUCGACAAGUGACAAAUACAAUCUGGACGUUAAGCGUUCUUCACUGCUAGAGGUCAGCAAGGCAAUGGACGAUUGCCACAAGCGUAAUGCGGAAAUUGGCAAAUCCUUAGCGUUGCUGCAAGCCGUCGAAUCACCACAAAAUCUCAAGGAUUUGCAAAAUGAUGCAGAGCUGUUGAAUGGUGAAAUGAAGGCGCUUCAGGACAAUUUCGACAAAAUCAAGAAUGUGCUAGAUGAAAAUGUCGAUUUAUGGUCACAGUAUGAGCAAGCGAAUGAGGAGCUCUCCUCGUGGCUGCGCGACAUUGAAGGGCGCAUCAAAGCCGAAACGAGUAAUCAAGUUAGUGUACCAGAGAUCGCGAACAAAUUGCAGGAGCUUGCGCUCUUGCAACAAGACAUAAAAGCGCAUGAGCCGAUAAUGCAGAACUUAGAGAAAACAUCGCAGUCGCUGAUGGCAAAGAACCCUGAAGCACGCAUUGGACAGUUUGUGACACAUCUGCUGCAGCGCUACCAAACUGUGGCAAAGAGUUUAGCCAGCUAUAUCGAUAAGGUGCAUAAUGCACAACGCGCCAAUAGCGACUUCGUGACAGCUGCAAAAGAUUUCAACGAAUGGCUCACCGAUGCCAAGAUUGAGUUCCAAGAGUUGGCGCGCAUGGGUUCGCCAGGUUCGUCUUCGGCCACCGCGCAGCAAUUGCAAACGGUUAAGAACUACCUGAAGACGUUCGACAAUGGCCAGCUACUGCUGAAUAAUGCCGUUGAUAUUGGUGAAGCGCUAUACCCCGUUGUGACGCCUGAGUAUCGUGAGAAGAUACGCGCCGAGCUACGUGGCAUACGCGAAAAGUACGACUACCUGCGCGACGAAGCCAACGCGCUCUUACAACAGAUUGAGGCAGUCUUGAUACAGAAGACAUCCAUCGAGGAGAGUUACACGCAAGUGUCGCACUACCUCAACGAUUCUAAGGCGAAAGUGGCCGCAGCCGAUGAACUCUACCCCACGCUGGCUGCCAAGAAGAGCGCCUUGCAGAACUACAAGACACAGCUGCAAGAGAUUACAUUGCAUAAAAAUGCACUGAAGCAGCUACACGACAAAGCCGUGACGCUUUGCGACGACGAAUCUGAGCGUAAGACCGAAGAGUCGAUUGAAGAAUACAAUGGCUUGUCCAAGAAAAUCGCCGAACGCAUCAAUGUUGUAGGUGACCAAGUGGUCAAGCAUGAGGCAUACGAUCAGGUGCUGGAGAAGGCACAAGAUUGGCUGAACACCAUUAAGUCAGAGGCCAUAGACAUUUUGAAUGAGACCACAUUUGAGAAGGAAGGCGCUGAAGAAAAGUUGACUGUGGUUGAGAAUCUGCUGCAGCACAAAUCCGAAGGCGACUCGAUAUUCGACACAUGUCAGAAGCUACUACAAACCGUGCUGACGCAAACACAUCCAAGCGGACAUCCAGCUUUGUUGCGUAGCUUUGAAGAACCAAAGAAGUCUUGGGAUGAAUUUAUGACGCUGUGUCAAGAUUCGCUCGUCAAACUGAAACAGCUUUGCUCGAAAUGGGAUGAGUUUGAAUCUAUUAUCGAUGAGAUUGACAACUGGAUGAAAGAUGUUGAGAACGUUGUAAAGAAUCAGAGUCUAAAGAGCACGGCUGGCACAAAGAAAGCGCAUUUGGUACAGCUGCAAAACAUUGCCAAGGAUAUCGAUCAACGCGCUUUGUCCAUCAACGAUCUACUCGACCAGGGUCGUGAGAUCGAGGGUGAAACCGAUUUGAACCUGAAAUUAUCGCGCAUCAACACGCGCUAUCAGACCUUGAAGAACCUCUGCAAGGAGUCCAUUGCGAAGUACGCCAACUACGCCAAAGACCAUGAAACCUUCGAUGCCGACUAUGAAGUGUUCAAGAAGGACCUACAAGAAUGUAUUGAAAAUCUGGCGCAAAACGCGGAAAUCGUUGGCGAUCAGAACAUCUUGCAAGAACAUCAAAACAAACUACGCGAAAUGGCUGAUAAACGUAUUAACGACUCAACAGCGUUUGAGAGUUUGAUCGACCGCGGUGAGAAGCUCUACGGACACACCAGUCCCGAUGGACGUGAGAUCAUACGCCAACAGUUGCGUACGCUGCGCACCAUGUGGGACAACUACUCCGAUGAUCUGAAUGCGGCUACGCAAAAGAUCGAUCACUGUCUGCAACAGUUCAACGAUUUCAAUAUCGCCAAGGAUCAGUUGACCAAGUGGCUGAAAGAUGUUGACAAGGCGAUGCAAAGUCACACGGAACCGAAGACUACGCUGCAAGAGAAGCGCGCACAAUUGCAGAAUCACAAGUUGCUCCAUCAGGAAAUCACGACACACAACGUUUUGGUGGACAACGUCUGCGACAAGGCGCAGGUACUGAUCGAUCAGAUCAAGGACAAUACGCUGAAUGUCUAUCUGCAGUCCAUCAAGCAGCUGUUCAACAGCAUUGUGCAGAAAUCUGAAGAGAUACUAAACAAUUUAGACAAGUGUGUGGUGGACCAUACAGACCUAAACAACCAAAUUGCAGCCGCAAAGACUUGGAUCUCUGGCGAAAAGGAAAAAUUGUUGGAAUGCGAUGACGCUUAUGGCGAAAAGGCUGACAUCAAACGCAAGAUAGAGACACUCGUGCAGCUGGCUCAGAGUAAACCAAACGCGCAAAAGUUAAUCGCGGAAAUACGCGAACAGUACGAGAAGGUGAAAGCGACCACUUCGGAAAGAGGUAAUGAAAUACUUGAAAAAGAGAUCGAUGAGCUGGAAACUACAGUCAAAAGUCACUUCGAUGAUAUCGAAGGAAUCGAAGGUAAGCAAAAGGAUGUACUACAGCAAUGGAACGACUUCGAGCGAAAACUUGAAGAGCUCACUAAGUGGUGUCGCCAGGCGGAAGGCGUCUUCCGCGAACAGCAACUGAAGUCAACAUUGCACGAGAAGGUGGAACAGUUAGAAAAAUUCAAGAUCCAACGCGAUCUCAUCUUGCAGAAGGAGAAAGAGAUUGACGCAUUCGCUGAUGCGGCGCAUGCGCUCUUGAACAACUGUGGCGCGGAACGUCUCAAGACGCUCACCACACAGAUCACCAACCGCUACCAGCUACUGCAAGUGCUGAGCAAAGAGGUCGUCAAUCGCUGGUCGAACUUGGUGGACGAUCAUCAAAUCUAUCAAGACAAGUACAACGAAGUUGAUUUGUGGUUGCAGCCGAUUGAGCAGCAAUUGGACAACGCUUUGAAGAAUGAACCCUCCCAAGCUGCUAACAUCUUGCAAGUUCUACUCUCUGAGCGCGAACAGGCUGAAGCGCUCCUUAGCGCGCUGAAUGCAGCCGGCGAAAAGGCGUUGCCUGAAACCUCCACUGAGGGACGCGAGAAGAUACGCAAAGACUUGCGUGACAUACACGAACGCUGGGAUAAAUUAGACGAAGGCAUACGCAAUCUGCAGAAGCGACAAGAAGCACAAAGUGUGCAGCUAUCGAGUUAUCAGGACAUACUCGGACAGACACUCAACUGGUUGGACCAGGUAGAAAAAGUGUUACAAAAUGAAAAUCCCAGCACUUGGACCAGCGCGCAGGAAAUACGCUCGAAAUUGUACAAGUACAAAGCCACUACGCAGGACAUCAAUUCGCACAAACGCAUCAUUGAGGCUGUGAAUGAAAAGGCUGCUGCACUCUUGGAGGGCAGUGCGCCUACAAAUGUCGAUGGAAUCAAGGGCGCCAUUGCUGAUGUAAACAAACGGUAUGAAAAAGUUGCUGCCGAUUGCGCCACACUGCUUGGCCAACUCGAAGAGGCAUUCGAAGUGUAUCAGCAGUUCAGCGAAUUGCAAAAAGCGCAACAAGAUUAUCAAAAGAAUCUGUGGGACCGGCUGACCGGCUACUCAGAUUACUCCGGCAACAAGCCAGCCUUACAAGCGCGCCUAAAUAAGAUAUCCGAAAUACAAGAUGCCCUACCCGAGGGCGUUUCUAAGCUGCGAAACCUCUCCGCGCACAUUGACGAGAAAGCCAAGUUGCUGCCAGCGCGCUCGAAGGAGGCAAUGUCGCGUGACUUAGCCAACUUGCACGCCGACUUCGAUAAGUUUAGCGCUGCGCUAAGCGAUGUGAAGAGUGGCUUGGAAAAUCGCCUGCAACAAUGGAGCGACUACGAAGUCAACUUGGAUCGGCUGAUCAACUGGCUGAGCGAAGCUGAGAAUGCGCUCAAGAACUACAAUCCCAAGUCGACGAUGGAGGAGAAGGAAGAGCAAUUGAAUCGUUUCCAAUCGUUGAUGCAGAAUUUGCGUCAAAACGAAAUUGAGUUUGAAAAAAUGAAAGACGACUCAUCGGAGCUGAUUCAAAGUUCUGGUGAGACCAGAAUCGCCGUUAAUGUACAACAAGUUACUUCACGCUUCCAGUCGAUACAAGCGACUACUAAGGAGAUACUCAAGAAAUGCGAACAAUCUGUGUACGAACAUCAACAAUUCAAUGAGAAGUACAAGCAAUGCGCCAAUUUCUUGGCAAAUGCGCAAGCGAAGUAUGACGACUCCAGCGAUCUCUCGCAGGUGGGCUCGCGCGAUGAUUUGCUUAAAAAGCAAACCGCAAUCCAAGAGCUAUUGGCACAGCAGCCUAAUGCUUUACUGAUGUUGAACAGCACCAUCGAAGCGGGUGAGAAGUGCUAUUCGUCCACUGCCACAGAGGGACGUGAAGCCAUACGCGUGCAGCUGGCCGAAUUGCAAGAGGCCUUCGACAAGCUUUACGACAAUGUGACAAUCACCUCCAGAAAGAUACAAGACAAAAUGUCCAAAUGGUCUGGUUUCGACGAAAUUGCCGAGAAAUUGCAGACUUGGUUGGCUGAAGUCGAGAAGACGCUGCCAGCUGAGAUCGAAUUGAAAACCACUUUGGAUGAGAAGCGUGCAAAACUGCAAUCCUACCGCGAUGUGCUCAACGACCUCAAUAAUCACCAAGUUGAGGUGAAGAAUCUGCAAGAAAUUGCUAGCAACUUGCCAGAGAAGAACGAUCAUGUCGAGCAAAUAACCAAAGAGAUUGCUGAGCAAUUCGGCAAAUUGCAUAAGCGAGCGCAGAACUUCGUCGAGCGCUACGAGGCUAUUGUGAGCGAUCACCAGCAGUACACCAAGGCCGUGAUGGAGGCACAAGAGUACAUCGAGGCCACGCAUAACACCAUUGAUUACUGGGGCGAUUUGGAUUUGGAACAGGUGUCAUUGCAUACAAACUUGGACCGCUUGAAGAAUCUGAAGGACAGCUUGGCUGAUGAGUUCCCACGUGUGGAUCAAGUGCGGGCCCUGGGUGAGAAGGUCAUACCAGGAACAGUCGAAAGUGGACAGACGAAUAUCAAGUCACAAAUCGACACUACCCAACAAGAGUGGGAAGGCCUCAUCGCUGCCAUCACGUCGACAAUUGAAGCUAUCGAGAAUAGGCUGCAACAAUGGGCCGAAUAUGAGCAGCUACGCGAUCAGUGCUUGGCUUGGAUACGCGAAUCUGACAACAAGCUGCACGCGAUUGACUUGAAGCCCACGCUAAAUGACAAGAAGGCACAAUUGGAGGCGCUGAAGAAUCUGCAAGGUGAGAUGCGCGCCAAGGAGCUGGAAAUUGACAGCGUUUCCGAGAAAGGCCAAACAUUGCUUAAAGGCGCGUCCAGCAUGCGCUCUUCGGGCCCAGAACUAACGACGAAAUAUCAGCAAAUCUUCCAUAAAGUGAAAGAACUCAACAACCGCUGGCAACAGUAUGUUACAUCGCAUCAAGAAUUCGACAACGCCGUCUCUGAGUGCGGCACCUGGAUCAAUGGCAUCAAAGAUAAAUUGGACUACUGCGCUGAUAUGUCCUCCAUGAGUCAGAAGGAGUUAGAUAAGAAAUUAGCAACCAUACAGGACAUCAUAUUGCUAAAGGAUGAGGGCUCUGCGAAAGUACUCAGCAUUGUUGAGUUGGCGCAGAACGUGCUGGCCAAUACAGCACCAACCGGCCACGAAGCGAUCAACAAGAAGUUGGCAGAUCUGCAAGAGCUGUGGUCGAAUAUUGCUUUGCGCAUUAUCGACGUGAAAGCCACACUCGAUGACUCGAUUACACAGUGGUCCGGUUUUCUGGAACAGGUACAAAACGUACGAAAAUUCAACGAAUGGCUGGAGAAUGUACUCAAAGAACUUGCCGAACAUCAAACCACAAUGCCUGAGAAGCGCGCACAGCUCGAUCGCGUGAAGGCCACCGAAGAGAAGGUGCGCAUGGAGAAGAUUGAUGUGGAUGCAUUGAAAGUGCAGGCAAGAGAAAUGAUUGCUAGCGGCCAACAAAGUCAGGCCGCCUACCAGGCACAAAAGGUGCUCGACACUUUCGAUGAACUUUGCACGCGCAUACAGAAGCUGCUAUCCGAUCGCCAUGAUCAGUACAGAGAUCACAGGCUCUACAAGGAAGCCUAUGACGAUCUGGUAAGUUGGAUAAGUCGCGCGCGCGAGAAGUUCCCCUCGCUUAAGCAGAGCAGCCUCAGCGACAAGCUGGCUAUUGAAAAUUUAGUGCAGGCCACUGAAGCUAUGCUGAAUAAGCAGGCGCAGGGUGAAUUAUUAGUGGAACAUUUGGUGCACACUGGCGAGGUUGUGCUAACCAGCACGUCGCCGCAGGGUCAAGAGAUCAUACGCAACGAUAUACGGGCGCUGCGCGACAGCUUCGAGUCGCUCUUCCGUGAGAUCAACCAGCAGAAGGAGAGCUUGGAGGUGACUAUGACGCAGUGGCGUGCUUACAAAGACGAAUACGAGCGCCUAAUCGAAUGGCUGCAACAAAUUGAUAUAUUGGUCAAGAAUCACAAACUAAACUUGUCACCCAGCUAUCCGGAAAAAGAGAAACAGGUGGCGGAUAUGCAAGAUGUUAUGUCGCGCCUGGAGAAGGGCAAAGAUGAUAUCGAUAAAUUCAAUGCCUCCUCGGCGGGCCUACUAAAAUCUCACUUGGAAUCUUAUGUGACGAACCAGCUGCGCCAUUUGAACUCAAUGUACCAGGUGCAAGUAAAUCUCGCUAAGGAUGUGCUGAAGAAGGUCGAAACUAACCGUGAUCAACAUCGUGAAUACAACGCCAACCUGAAGGCCGCGCAAGAUUGGAUUAAUGUAGCGAAAGAAACCAUACGCGAGGCUAGUGACUCUUCCAGCGCUGGCUCGAAAGAGCUGCUGCAAAAGCGCUUGGAGAAGAUUCAACAGUUGAUCAGCAAUCGUGAAGUGGGACAGAACUUGGUACACACAGCGAUCAACAACGGCGAGAAGGUGGUAAGAAACACGCGCUCCGAUGGACGUGAUGCCAUCAACAAUGAAAUGAAGGAGCUGCAGAAUGACUGGGACAGGCUGGUGAAGAAAAUGUCCACUGCUAAGGUGCAGUUGGAGACCAACCUGCUACAAUGGGCUGACUACAGCUCGAGCUACUCACAAUUGCAACAAUGGAUAAGCGAUCGCGAGUCCAAGUUGCAACAGGCAUGCGAGCAGAAGAUUGUAAAAUCGAAGCGCGGCCAACCUGGCUUAACGUCCGGCCUGAGCGAGCGUAAAGCUAAUUUGCGUCAGACCAACAAUAUUGUGCAGGAUAUAGUGUCCUUUGAACCGAUGAUACAAUCGGUUGCCUCGAAGGCGUCCGACCUACAACAGGGAGCGCCAGCCUCCGAGAUAUCGUACAAGUAUGAGACGCUCACAAAGCAGGCCAAGGACUUGUAUGAGAAGCAAAAGAAUACAAUCGACCAAUACCAAUCGCUCAUUGAUGCAGGCAACGAGUUCGCUGCUUGGCUGCGCAGUGCCAAAGAGCGCCUCAGCAAGUGUUCCGAGCCCACAGGCGAUAAGCAAGCGCUGGCCGAGAAGACACAUCAGCUGAAGAUAUUGCAAAGUGAGGUGCCUGAGGGGCAAAAGAAGCUGGAAGCGGUGCUGACGCAAGGCGAAAUCGCUUGCCACAAUGCCGAGCCCGAGGAUCGUGAGAUCAUUGAAGAGGAAGUGGCGCUGUUGCAAGAGGAGUUCGACGCCUACGUGGAGGCGUUGAAGAAGGCCAAGGACUAUUUGGAGGUUGGCAUUGUCAAGUGGUCAGAUUACCAAGAUCAAUAUAGCGAAGCGCUGGAAUGGCUCACGAAGACAGAAGCAUUGGUGCAGUCAUACAACAAAUUGCAGGAUAGCUUGGCGCGCAAAAAGGUGGUACUGGAAGAGUUCCAAGGUCACUUGCAGACACUGUUCGAUUGGCAGAAAACACUGGAUCAUUUGAAUAUGAAAGCGCAGAUGCUGCUGGAAACCUGCUCUGACACGCGCGUCAGCAACGCCAUCAUGCAGUUGACAACCAAGUACAACACGCUGCUCACGCUGGCCAAGGAAGUUAUGCGUCGGCUGGAGUUGCACUACCAAGAGCACCAACAGCACCGCACCCUGUACGAGGAAUGCCAGUCGUGGAUUGAGAGCACACGCGAAAAGCUCGCCGAUUGCGCGCAGAUACCGGGCACUUUGAAUGAGGUGCAAAUCAAGCUAAGCACUGUUAAGAACUUGCGUCAAGGUUUUGAGUCUGGGCAGAAUAAGCUACGCUAUUUGCUGGAGCUCAAAGAGAAGGUGAUUAUGAAUACCGAACAGAGUGGCGCCACCAAGGUGCAAGAAGACACCGACGCUUUGAAGCAAGACUUCGACCAAUUGCUGAUUGACAUGAACGAUGUGCGCCAGAAAUUGGCAAAUCGCCUAGCGCAAUUAGAAGAGGUUUACAAAUUGCAUAAGCUGCUCACCGAAUGGCUGGAGGACAUCGAGCCCAGCGUCAAGGCAAGCGAUGACUUCUUGAAUGAUUUAAGCGAAAAACGCGCCGCGCUGGAGAAAUUCCGCGCCAUACAACGCGACAUCAACGGCCAUAAUGACAUUGUCGAGAAGAUCAAUGCGCGCUUGAAUGAAGACAACAGUCUGGACCCGAACGAUUUCCGUGAAGGUCUCAACAAGUACGAAAACUUGCAGGAGACUGUUGGCAAGAUUAUCGAAUCACUCGAGAACCAGGUGAACAAUCACGACAAAUACAAGCAGGCAUUCAAUGAGAUACAAGAUUGGCUACGCCGCACACGCAUCGAAAUCGAACAGUGUGCCGAUUGCCAUGGCGAGAAGGUGCAAGUUGAAGAUCGCCUCAAUAAGUUGGGUGAUAUUGGCGCUUCAAUGGUGGAAGGCAAAUCACUGCUCGAUGCCUGCGAAGAGCUGAGUCAAGCUGUUAUUGCGACCAGCGGUAGUGAGGGACAAGAUGCGGUGUCGCAGGAAAUUAAACAACUUGUCGCCGAAUGGGAAGCGCUGCAAGCGAUGUUGCGUGAUGCGCGCGCCAAUUUGGAGAAUUGCCUUUCACAGUGGAAUGCGUUCUUGCAGAAUUUCAAUAAAAUCAACAAAUGGAUUGAUGAUAUUAGCAAGCGCGUGGCUGCCGCCGCCGAAGCUGAGAAUAAAACACCCGACGACUUGGCAUAUGCCAAGAAUUUGUUGGAAGAAGUUUUGGCGGAAAAAGACAAUGUGGAGGACUUGAAUGACGCUUGUGAAUUGCUUAUGGAACAAAGCGCCUGCACGCGCGUUCGCGAUCAGACUGUCGAGACACAGGCCAACUACACCAAAUUGCUGACAUCAGCACAAGGUCUCGUUUCCAAGAUUGAAAAGAAUCUAUCUGAUCACACCGAAUUCUUGAACUACAAGAAGGAAAUGGACGCCUGGAUUGAGAAAGCUCAACAGAUAUUGGAUGGCUGCACUGCAGAUGGUGAUGUUAGCGAAAUAGCCCAACAAUUGGAGACUGUCAAUUCGCUGGCAUCUCGGCUUCCCGAAGGCCAACACCUCCUCGGCAUGGUACAAGAUGCCUACACGAAAGCUUCGAAUGUGACACCCGAAGGCAAGCAAGAGAUUUUGCGCGACCUAAUGACCAAAGUGCGUGAGGACUGGGAUGCUUUGGGUCUUGCUGUCAAGCAGAAGUUGACCGACCUUAAACAAGCACAAAAUCGCUGGUCAGACUUCGCCAACAAUCGCGAUAAGCUCGAAAAGUGGCUCACUGAUACAGAAAAUACACUCAAAACCGCACCCGAUACUAAGGGUGAAUUGAGCGAAAUGAAGACGCUGCUCGAACGCUACAAAACGCUGCAGAAUGAAAUUAAGCAGAAAGGUGGCGAAAUUGAAAAUUUGUUGGGCGAAGCUAAGGGUUUGGGCACUGAAGUGGACGCUGUGCAUCAAAAGCAGGCGCGCUGGGAGAAGGUGAAGAAUGAUUGCGCUGCCUACAUUAAGGGUCUCGAGAACGAAAUGGCCGACUAUAAUGCCUAUCAUCAGAGCUUGCAGGAUAUUGAGAAAUGGCUGCUGCAAAUUUCCUUCCAAUUGAUGGCACACAACUCGCUGUUCAUUUCGAAUCGUGAACAGACCGAGGAACAAAUCAAGCAACAUGAAGCUUUGUUGGAUGAAAUACAAAAAUAUCAAGCCAACUUGGAUGAUUUGAAUGCGAAGGGACAGGCGCAAAUUAAACGUUACGCCCCAACGACCCCAGCCAUACGCGAUACGGUCGAAGAACAGUUGAAGAAUAUUCAGGAAAGCUACAAUUCAUUGUUGCAAACUUCUGUACAGAUCAAGAAUCGCUUGCACGAGUCGUUGGCCAAGUUCAAGGAGUAUGAGGAUACAUUGGAUAGCAUAAUGCGCAACCUGGAGGCCUAUGAACCGGUUAUACAGAAUGAGCUUGAUGCGCCGGCAACCAGCUUGGAAAUUGCACAACAGCAAUUGAAGUGUGCACAGGAUCUGCAAAACAAGCUGAACAACGAAAAGUCGCGCCUAGCAGCUGCUGUACAGGCCUGUGAAGCUGCCACUGCUUCCAUCAGUCGCCCCAGCUCACCGCUGGAGACUGCCAUGCAAGCCAUACCCGAACGCGAGCUUAUUGUGCGCGCAAAACUGGAAGAUUUGCUGGAUCAGGUACAAUCCCACUUGGGUGGAUUGACCGCUUCAGUGAGUGAAUUAGAGCAACAACAGAAACAGCGCGCUGAGCUUCAAGAUUGGGUUAAGAGGCAGCAAUCAACGGUUAGCGAUUGGCUAACACGGCCAUGCAAGUUGCGUCCCGAAGCAGCCAAGCAGGAAUUGGUUGCCAUGAAUGAUUUGUUGAACUCCAUUGGAGACAAGCGUUCACAGCUAAUGUUGGAAAUGACUGGAUCAUUGGCCGAAGAAGACACCGAUCUGGACGAUAACCUCGACAAGCUCGAGUCCGAGCUGAUGGAUGCUAUCGCCAAGAAACAAGCUGGCCAAAAUGAUAUCGAUAGUUACCGUCAAGGUGUGCAAGAUGUACAGAACUGGUUUGACUCGCUCAUCAAGCGUAUGGAUGUGCUGGACAAGGGUUCUGGUUUGAAUUGUGGCCAAAAGGUGGCUGCCAUCAACGAAAUCAAGAAGGAAUUCGAAGAUCAAGGUCCCAGCAAAAUACAAGAGUUGAAGGGCAAGGCAGCGCAGGUAGCUGAAGUGAUUAGCAAUUUGGAUGGCCAACAGGUGGAAGAGCAAAUGAAAUCAUUGGAUCGUCGUUAUGCUGAUCUUGGCAAACGUAUCGAUCGCAAGGCACAACUGUUGGAUGUCACCAAUAAGGGCGUUGAUGGCGCUAAAAGCGAAAUCGAACAGCUACACAACUGGGUCAAAGACAAGAUACAAGAGCUACAAACACCCACGGCCAUGGGUUAUGAACCCAAAGCUGCCGAAUCGCGCCAACAGGCAAUCAAGGGUAUUAUGAAGGAAGCUGAGGCGAAGAAAUCGCAGGCUGAUGCUUUGGAGAAACGCAUUGCCAAUAUGAAACCCGAACUGGAACCUGUCGAAUACGCGCAACUUGAGUCUGCCUUGCGACAAUUGAACUCCGAGCAAAAGAAUCUCUCCGAGGUGCUGAAGAGCGAGUUGGAACGCGCAUUGGAUGCGUCCAAGGCACGCAAAGCGCUCGAGGUUGAUUUGGAGAAGGCGCGCGCUUGGCUGAAGUCGAAGAUUGCCGAAGUGCGUAAAUUGCCGGUGUACCAUCCACUGCCAGCGGCUGAAAUCGAAAAGCAAAUACAAGAGAACAAGAAGUACGACGAUGAAGCCAAACAAUUCAACGAUUCCGUGUUGAGUGAUGUACAGCGGCAAGCGGCAAAUAUAAUGAAGGACUGCCCAGAGGCGGAUAGAGCAGCUUUGCAGAAAAUACUCGACGAAAUCGCCGCCGACUAUCAAACCCUGAAAGAUGAGAGUGGCAAGCGUGCCAACGCUUUGAGUGAUCUGCUGCAAGGACGCAAGUCCUUCGAGGACGCCAUGAAGAACAUGGGCGAUUGGUUGAGUGAAAUUGAAACGGCAACAGCUGGUGAGUUACGCACCACCAGUGUGCCAGUCUUGGAAGAACAAAUGGCGCACUACAAGAAAUUGCUGGAUGCUGCUGAGGGCAAGGCUGGCUUGUUGAAUAAUGUUGCUGAUCAGGGCAAGGCCAUAUUGCCCACGCUCAGCAAUCCUGACAAGCUGAAAUUGAAUGACGACAUCAAGAACUUGAAAGAUCGUUAUGGCAAAGUAACGCAGCAUAUUAAGGAUCGUGUCAACACGCUUGCGGAUCAUAUCAAGAAAUAUAAGGAUGCCAAGGCCAAAUUGGCUGAUUGCAUGCAAUUCCUCAAUACCAUACAGCAACGCUUGCGCGAGUUGAAUAAACCAAUCGGUGCAAAGAUCGAAGACGUUCAAGAUUUGCUCGGCGCCUAUGAGGGUAUACUCAAGGAGCUGAAGGAUAGCAAGAGCAAGAUGGGCGACAUACAAAUGGAUGACUUGCCAGAGUUGCAGAGCAUAUUGCAGCAACAGGACGAUAUGAUAAAAUUGAUUGAAGAUCAAUUGGCACAUCUGCGUCAACUGCUUCUACUGCGUGAGCAGUUCAUAGCGCUGAUCAAUGAGAUUAUCGCUUUCAUUAUGAAGUACACCGAUGUUAUAAUCGAUAUUGAAAAUUCGCCCGACAGCUUGGAGGACAAAAUCAACAAGUACGACGAUGUCAUCGUCAAGAUCCAGGAAUGUGAGGGUCUACUCGCCUCCGCUAGCGAUAAGGGACAGAAAAUUGCCUCCGAGGGCUCAGCUGCCGAUAAGAAUAGCAUCACUGAACAGCUGCAGUCGCUGAAGAAUCAAUUGCAGAAUCUACGCAAGGCUGUCGAGUCACAGCGGCAGAAGCAUCAAGUGCAGCUGGAACACCAUCGCAAAAUGGCUGCCGAACUCUCGGAAAUACUCGAUUGGUUGCACAACAAUGAGGCAUCGGCCAAGUCACGUCCGCUGUUGGAUCGCGAUCCCGAGUCGGUGGAACAUGAAAUUCAGAAACAUCACAAGCUGCGCAAUGAAAUUCAAUCAUAUCUCGAUAAAUUCAACAAAAUCAACGAAAGCGUCAAAACCGAGGUGGGCAUGCCCGGCUCAUUGGUGGAAAUGCUUUCCGAAGGUCGGUCGUUGGUCUCCUCACUGCCACAAGAGCUUGAAGAUCGCGAGAAGUAUUUGAUCAAUAAUCGCGAUUCACGCCUUGAAUAUAUGAAAUUGGUCGCGAAGUUCAACGACUGGGUGCACGAAGCUGAGACACGCCUACAGAAUAGCCAACAUGGCAUCGAUUAUGAAAAUCUUGUACAAGACUUGGAGGAGCACAAACUCUUCUUCGGCAAUGAGACCCCAAUCAAAAAUUUGGUACAUAAACAAAUUCAAGAGGCAGCCGAUAAAAUCUGGCCGUCUCUGAGCAACUUCGAACAGUCGGAAUUGUCACGCGAAUUGGCACAAUAUCAAACGAAAUUAGCAAACACUUUUGCAUUGGCAAAAUCACAGCAAGGCGAAUUGGAGAAGGAGGUCGAACGUUGGCGUGAAUAUCAACAAUCGGUGGAACGCGUUAAGGCCACUAUUGAGCGUAGCAAAUUCAGCGACGAACCAGUGCAGAAUUUGGCCGGUCUUCACUUCAACAUACAGAAGUUGACACACGCUAUUGGCAAUGUGCAGAGUCAAACGAGUGACAUCACACUCGCCAAUCAGCAAGCACAAGGACUUAUACGUCAAGCGGACGCUCGUAAUCGUCAGCUGAUUGAACAGGAUAACGCUGCAUUGAAUCGUUUGUGGAACGAAUUGAUUAAAGGUUUGGAGACACGUCGCGAUUCGUUGCAAAGUAUUGCCGAACGUUGGGACGAUUUUGAGAAUCGCUUGCAUAGCUGGGAGAAGGCAAUUAGCCGUUUGGAAGAUAAAUUCCGCAAUGUCGACCCAGUAGUUAGGUCGCGUCGUCAUUUGGAAGAUACGAAGAAUGCCAUCCAGGAAAUACUCGCCGAAUCUGAAGAACUUAAAUCAUCACAUAAAGAGAUUGAGACGCUCUCAAAAUCAAUCGUCACAUUCCUUGGGGAAGUUCACCAACCCACAUCGCAGGCCCUACAGGCCAAAGUGGAUAACUUAGUACAGCAGCAAACAAAGUGA